GCUGCGCCCCUCGAACGGCUUCGCCUGGGGUCGGCGCAGGCGCAAGCGGGAGAGAUGGCGGCGGCUGGAGCUGGCCGUCUGCGGCGGGCGGCGUCCGCGCUGCUGCUCCGGAGCCCGCGCCUACCCGCCCGGGAGCUCUCAGCUCCAGCCCGGCUCUACCACAAGAAGGUUGUGGACCAUUAUGAGAAUCCUAGAAACGUGGGGUCCCUUGACAAGACAGCUAAAAAUGUUGGAACUGGAUUGGUGGGUGCUCCAGCGUGUGGUGAUGUCAUGAAAUUACAGAUUCAAGUGGACGAAAAGGGGAAGAUCGUGGACGCUAGGUUUAAGACGUUCGGCUGUGGUUCUGCCAUUGCCUCCAGCUCGUUAGCCACAGAAUGGGUGAAGGGGAAGACGGUGGAGGAAGCCUUGACCAUCAAAAACACAGACAUCGCCAAGGAGCUCUGCCUUCCUCCCGUGAAACUGCACUGCUCCAUGCUGGCGGAGGACGCAAUCAAGGCCGCCCUGGCUGAUUACAAACUGAAACAAUCCAAGAAGGGAGAGACAGAGAAGCAGUGAGCCCGUGGAGCCCCAGCCGCUCACGGCAGCUGUUCCCUGCCGCCCUGCACACAUCCAGGAAGCUACAGGACACACAGUGUUCGCCAUUCGUGUUGCUGACUCUAAUGCAAGCAAAAUGCAUCAUUUAAUUCUUCUGGAUCCUGUGGUUUCUCUCAGCUCACUUCUGCCACCUUAAUGCAGUUAUAUUUUGGAUUAUGUGUGUGGCCUCAGCUGAAGUGUUAAGUUUUGAUAGUCGAGGAUGGAGUGCUACAGCUAGUUGUACCUGAAUCUGGAUGAAGAGUGCCAGGAGAAUGCCUGGUUCUGAUUGUUUACUGGAACUGAUUACUGUAUAUUUAAAAGAUCUGCAUAUAUAUUAUAAUAAAGAAUGUUAAGAUGAUGGUUUU